AUGAAUGACCAAUCAGACAAAAACAAUUCCACUCACGAGGGACACACAAGUCAAAGUCCUCCUGAGAAAAACUGUCACAUUGGACAGAAGCAACUGCAACAGAUAGAGCGGCAGUUAAAAUGCUUGGCGUUUCAAAACCCGGGCCCACAGGUAGCAGACUUCAAUCCUGAAACAAGGCAGCAGAAAAAGAAAGCUCGGAUGUCAAAGAUGAAUGAGUAUUUUUCUGUAAAAUACAAAGUCAGGAAGAAGUACGACAGAAGUGGCAGGCUGAUGUGUAAUGACGCUGAUCUGUGUGACUGCCUGGAGAAGAACUGUCUGGGCUGCUUCUACCCUUGCCCCAAGUGCAAUUCCAACAAGUGUGGGCCCGAGUGCCGCUGUAACCGACGGUGGGUGUACGAUGCCAUUGUCACCGAAGCCGGGGAGGUGGUCAGCUCGCUGCCCUACCCCGUUCCUGACUAGGAGCUGUUGCACCGGCUGCUUUGGUUCUUCUCUACAGCCAAGCCAACCUGGAUUUUAGGGCGUGGGGAAAUGUUGGGAAGGUAUACGGAAGACUCCUCUUCUCUGCAGCUACAGAACAGUGUAGAAUGGGCACUCACUCUGGGGCCUUCUCACCGUGUCUUCUCAGACGGCUUCACUUUGUAACCAGAGGCUGACAGCGUCACCUCAACCACACCUCUAUCUCUGCUCUCAAGAUGAAAAUCUCUUUACUCUUCACUGCCUGAGACAAUGUAGUUUUAAGAUGUUCAGAAUUCUGCAGCUGAGAGCUUUUCUUACAUAGCACACAAAAUCAUAAAUUAAUAAGACCCAGUUACCCUUACAACCUUACCUACCACCACCAGUUCCAAGCCAGAAUUGCUCUUUCAGUUAUAAAAGACCCCCAACCCCCAUGCCUUGUGAUUUUGCACUGUAUACCCCAUAGUCUUAUUUUUUAUUAAUGUUUUGAUAACAGUAAAAUUAAAUUUGGUAACACUUGUCAAUAUUUUUAUGAAGAAUUUGUACUUAUAUAGCUGGACUUGAAUGUCCUAAAAGCUAGUGGUUUACUUUUUUUUUCCAUUUCAGGAUCAGUAUUUUCAAAAUUUUUUUCCAAAGGGAGGAAACAAGUUAUUACGUAAAAGUGAAUUGCAUGUUAGCUCAUGUUGAUGUGCAGUUGAUUUGACAUGUGAUGUGAUUUUUCUCAAUUCCGAUACAUCGUAGGAGGUAUACAGAAAUUUGAAUUAAGGCUUCUUUGGAUUUGUUUUUUGUUUUUUUGUAAGAUUUUUAUUUUUAAGUAAUCUCUAGACCCAACACAAGGCUUGAACUCAUAAUCCUGAGAUCAAGAUUUGCAUGCUCCACUGACUAAGCCAGGUACCCCUCUUUGUCAGUUCCAAAAGCAUUCAUCUCUGCACAAUCCACAUGUGCCAGGGAAAGUUCCUAAUAAUUCUUGACUUGUUACUUGACAGGAUAUUUUGGGACUAAAACAACAAAAAUCCUAAAAGCCAUGCUAUAGUCACAGCAUUUUCCUAUAUGUGUAGCAGGAAAACUUACUCUGUCUUCCACAUAAUUUCCUGGGUUUUCCAGUUUCAAAUCACUUUCACUGAGCCUCUUCUUACUUUUGUGAGCCAGGUGCAUCCAGUUCACUACCUUGAACCAUCAUGUCCUGCGAAGAAGGCAGAGAUCAAGCUGCACGAGCAUGAUCCUCUGAAAUGCUCACCAACACCGUGCCAGUCAAAAGGAGUGGGUGCUUCAUUUGGUUUAUAUUUUGUUUUGUUUUGAGAAUAACUAUUGUUUUAUAAAUGGCUGACCAAGUGCACUGUUAUGGCUUAUUUAUUUUUAGAAGCAUGUAAUUUUAAAUUUGAAAAGGAAUCUCGCAUGUUGUCUAGCUAGUGAAGUAGUCAGCAGAUAAUAAUCGAGAGGUUCUUGUGUGCCAGGCAUCAGGCAAGGCACAGGGUACUGGGCUGUGAGCACAGCCCAGCUGGCUCCUGUCUUCCAGGGGAUUAUAGACUAAAACUCAUCCUGUGUUUUAUACAACUGAGGAUUUAGCCCCAGUGAGAUAAAAUGAGUCAGCUAAGGACACACAGAAGAGCUGGUAGCCUGUAUUUUGAACUCCAUGACUAGGUCAGUGUUGUUUCCCUGACGCCAAGUAUUUCCCUGAUUUGCCUGAUAGUAAAGCUUCUUUAACUGCUUUUAAGAAUGACCCCAUCCCAAACUUCAGGAAUCAGAACCUCUGGGGAUGAGGCCUGGAAAUCCAUGCUUGUCAUCCAUUCAGUCAUCCAGGUAAGUCUCAUGACCAGAUAAGUUUGAAAAACACUGCCUUAUCACUAGCUGUCCUAUUUUCAUGUUAAAAACAAAAUUAAUCUUAGGCAAAUUAACCUUCAAGUAUCUUUCCCUUUUGUCUCUUGUCAUCAUUUAUGUCUUAAACAUUAGAUGAGAUAAUCUGAUUUAAAAUGGACCUUUUUUUUUUUAAGAUUUUAUUCAUUUAUUCAUGACAGAGAGAGAGAGGCAGAGACACAGGCAGAGAGAGAAGCAGGCUCCCUGUGGGAAGCCUGUUGAGGGACUCGAUCCCAGGACCCCUGGAGCGUGACCUGAGCUAAGGCAGAUGCUCAACCACUGAGCCACCCAGGUAUCCCUAAAAUGGACCGGUUUAAAAAGUGUGUUGGGAAAUUAUGUUGGUGAGUUUUCUGAGUUAAGCAAAAACUAAAAGUAAAAGACAGCAUGAUUACUAUGCAAACACCUCAUACUGCUUUUAUGGAAACCCAGCCAGAACAUUUGAUGGAGUGCUUUUUUAGAAAUCACAUUAUUUCAUCUUGAUCUAUUGCCAAUUCUAUGCAUUUUUAAAAGGUCCUUGCACUAAAUGAUCAUUGCAAAAAUAAAUUUAUGUGAAUUGUCAGAUAUUUAUUUGGCAAGUGUCUAAUUUUGUCACAAAAUGAACAAAGCUCUCUAGUGAUUUGAACUGAAUUCAGAUUAACAAGGAGUAUAGCCGAACUGUCUGAUGACAUUAACCAAGGAAAUUAUCAGUAGAACAGGAUAUUCCUUUUGCUGCUUGGCUCUCUCUUAAUGCUGGUGGUGUGCCUUCAUGUAUAUGUAUAGAAAUUGUAGGUAUCAGGUUGUCAUUUUGUAAUGCCUUGAAAACUGAAACAUAUAUUUGAGCAGGUCUGCAGUGUUUAGCCAUCUAGGAUAUGUGCUGUGCGGCCAGAGGGUGCCUUUCGCACAGACGGCACUGUCAACAGCACCACCUACAGUUGUUCAGUAAAGCAGCCCUGCAAGCAGGUGUCAUUUGAUGUGUGGAUUUCUUGAUUGCCUAGGAUUUAUUGAUUCUUAGUAUGUGCUAGGCAUUGAGUGCUUUAGAUUACCUCAUAUUCUUGUAUGAAAUAAUGAGAAGAAAAUCCUUAUAUUUU